CCCUAUCCUCACAUGUCACAUCGUCACCCGGCAGCGGCAGCAGCAGCAGCCAUAAACCUCUAUUGCCUGGUGCCCUGGCUGGGGAGGCCUGACCUACAGUAACUGGAAGCACAAAAUGCCGUCUGGAUAUGGUAUGAGAGGAUUGCGGGAUGCUGGAGAGCGAUUCCUGCAACACCUUGAAGAAACAGACAGAAUGAAUAUUACCAGUAAAGAAGAACUGAGAACUAUAUAUGCUGAAUUCAAAGCACAGCAUGAUAAUCUACCAAGCUUUUCUUCUGCACUUUUUGGUCUUAAAUCGUCAGGAAAAGCUGUAGUAAGGAGGAACAACAUUCAUAUUGACCAGGUUGUUAGGAGAAGAUCUGCAUUAAUUGAUCAGUAUGAGAGUAUGCGGAGAGAUCAAGAGCCCAUGUCUAGUCCGCAAUCUCAAGAUGAGCAAUAUUGUUCCAGGAGGCAAGCACGAAAAAUGAUUCAGUGGAUCAGGCAAAACAGGCAAGAGUUCAUUUCUGACAAAAAUGGGGUCCAGAUAACAUCAGUGUAUGCUCUCUCAGAUGGACGGAUAAGAUUUCCUCUGCCACCAAAUGAGCCAAAGACAUUCUCCAUUUCUAUUAAGAAUACAUCUAACAAUUCAGUGACUUUUGUUCAGUACAAACUUUUGCGUUGGAUGUACACGUUCACAUUCAGUGAUGAGCAUAAUGUUUCUGCUUCCAAUUCCAUAAUAUUGGACCCAGGAGCAGUGUAUGAUAUUGUUCUUCAAGCAAAAACAUUUUAUUAUGGGUAUUUUCCUGUUACACUUGUUUUUGAAUUCAUGGAAAAAAGAGGGGGAUCUGAAAAGAAUUUUGUUAUUGGAAGGUUUAUCUCUGCAGUUUCCAGCAGUAAAUUAGCUGAUGACCUGGCACCAACUUCCAAAUACAUUCCAUUUCAAAGAAACCUUUUGAAAACAGUUGAAAGGAUUGAAGAAGAUGGAAUUCCACCAGACGGGUCUGGGAAUUACUAUUUAGAACGAGAGGUGCCUCUUGGGGAGUUCUGUCCUCCUGCACAUCUGAAAUAUGCCUUUAAGGCAGGACUGUUCUCUGCCAAAGAACCCACAGCAAGUUCAAGAACAAGUCUUUUGAAGGAAAGGGAUUUGAUGUCCACAUCUCUAGACUUCAGCAACUAUAAUGAAAAAUUUCACUUGUUGUUGCACCUUGAAGAGAUACAAAUGGAGCUCGACAUCAGGAGAUAUGAUCAGCAAAACCAGAAAAUGAAUAAAGAUGAAAGAGACCGACGACUCCUAGUUCUUGAGGUCCCUGGUGUAGCUGAAAACAGGCCAUCUGUGUUAAAGGGCGAUCACCUUUUUGUGACCCUAUCUGAUGAAUGUAAUGCACGUGAUAAAAUUAGCUACAAGGGUUAUGUGCAUGGCGUUGAACUGGAAAAAGUCAAACUCGGAUUUUCUCAAAAACUUCUGCACAACUUUAUAAAUGGAAUGUUCUUUGAUGUUACAUUUACCUUUAACCGCUUGCCACUGAAGGUUCAGCACAGAGCUGUUAAUCUAGCUAAAGAGAAGAACUUGAAACAUUUUCUGUUUCCAACAAAGUCAAACAACCAGCGCAUUGUCAAUACAGACAGACUAAGCUUGUAUGACCGAGCUCUGGAGUCUAACCCAGAGCAGUACACGGCUGUGAAGCAGAUUGUAAGUGGACUAUCCAGGCCAGCUCCAUACCUUAUAUUUGGUCCACCAGGCACUGGAAAAACUGUUACGUUGGUUGAGGCACUAAAACAGGUACUGAAGAACAUCCCUAAUUCCUGUGUGCUAGCCUGUGCUCCAUCUAACAGUGCAUCAGACCUGCUCUGUCAGCGCUUGAUGAAACAUGUUGAUAAGAAAGAUAUUUACAGGAUACUGGCCAGUAGCAAGGACUUUCGUUCUUUACCAGAAGAUAUUAAGCCUUGCUGUAACUGGAACAGCAGAACAGGGGAGUAUGAAUACCCAAAUAAAGAUGGGCUGAGCCAGUAUCGUGUGAUCAUCACUACUCUUGUUACGGCUGGCAGGCUUGUAUCUGCAAACUUCCCACCAGGCCACUUCUCUCAUGUAUUCAUUGAUGAGUCCGGACAUGCAGUCGAGCCAGAAUGUGUAACAGCUAUAGCAGGAAUUUUGGAUGGAAUGGCCAAUGCUAAUGGAGGACAACUGGUCCUAGCUGGUGACCCAAAACAACUUGGCCCAGUGUUAAGGUCUCCCUUCGCCAUCAACAAUGGAUUAGGUAUUUCUUUGCUUGAAAGACUGAUGACGCAGAAUCCCCUGUAUGGAAGAUCCACGGAGUCUUAUAACUCCCAGUUUGUUACCAAGUUGCUGCAGAAUUACAGGUCCCACCCUGACAUCCUAACUACCUCUAACGAACUGUUCUAUGAUAAUGAGCUCCAGUCCAAAGCUGAUCACAUGGUCACUCAUGCCUACUGCAACUGGGAAAGGCUGCCUAAGAAGGGCUUCCCUAUCAUCUUUCAUGGUGUGCUGGGGAAGGACGAACGAGAAGGGAACAGCCCAUCCUUCUUCAAUAGGACUGAGAUAGAAGUGCUCAUGUCUUACCUCGAGGCCCUGCUAGAGACACAAGGGAAAAAAGGGAUAGCCAAAAUCUCACCCAAAGAAAUUGGCAUAAUUUCUCCGUACAGGAAACAGGUGGAAAAAAUUCGUAGAGCCAUUGCUCUAACAUGUAAAGCUGUGGCUGACAUUAAAGACCUAAAGAUUGGUUCUGUUGAGGAGUUUCAAGGUCAGGAACGAAAGGUGAUUCUUAUAUCUACAGUGCGGAGCUGCAAAGAUUACGUGAAGUUUGAUGAAGACUUUAGUCUUGGCUUCCUAAAGAACCCAAAGAGGUUUAAUGUAGCUAUCACAAGAGCAAAGGCCCUCUUGAUUCUGGUGGGAAACCCAGUCAUACUUCGUAACGAUCCAAAUUGGUCAUGGUUUUUGAGGUUUUGCACAGAUAAGGGAGGAUAUUCUGGGGUCGAUAUGAAUAUCCUUGAAGACCUCGAUGACUUUGAUUUCGCAGAACGCUUCAAAAACUUGAGUGUUAAUGAUCCACCACCAAGAGAAGAAAGUGGGGAGAGCGCAGUACAGCAGCAGGGAGAGCCAGCCUGGAGACACGAGCACUAGACGCUUAUCGCUAACUCAAGCGUGAGCGCAACUGGAGGACCACUUACCCUUCAUGUGCUGCCUUAUUACUUACUGUAACUUGCAUUCUUUUAGUGCUUUCCCUCUACUCCAAUCAGUACUUUGUUCUGCUUCCACAUGUAUGUCCAUGCAUUAAAUGCUUUUUGAGUCCAUUUAAGAUGUGCAAGGAAAUGUCUAUAGUUUUGCUUUCAGAAUACGUUUACAAAACAAUCCUUCUAACAGAUACAGGGGGAAAUGUAUCAAAUCUUCGUUGGAUUUAAUUGGAGAAGUUGCCUAUAGCAAACCAACCGGCUUCUGUCAUUUAUAGACUAUACUAGAUAAAUGAUGGCUAGAAGCUCAUUAGUUGCUAUGGGCAACUUAAUCACUUUCUAUCUGGAAGGUUUGAUACAUCUCCCUACUGUAGCAUGAUGAUUGACAUGUGCUUGUCAGACCUCAGAAUCCCCAAAGUUAAUGUUAAAUCUACAGAACUUAUCCAUAGUGUUUUUCUACUCUGAAAACACUGCAAUGCUGAUCAUUACCCUGGCUAUUAUGUUUGGACUGGAUAUCGAGAGAAAUUAUUUCUUUUAUUUAUAAGAAAAUUACAGCUUGAAGAAGAAAAAAAAAGAUGAUGUUUGUCCACUUCAAUCUAUGGGUGGUGAAAGCAGUCAUAUGCCAUAAAUGUUCAUAGGUGUCAUUGAUCUCAGUAUUUAUAUUUUAUCACUCCUGAUUUGUGUACAAGUCAGGGCACUAUCCAGUUAGAGGUGAAAAAAAACAUUGGGCACGGAAAACAUUUUACGUGAUUUUGUCCUAAUGUUUUGCCAAUCUUUUUUACAGGCUCUCUGGUUAGUCCGUCCACUCAUUGAAACAUGUGUUUUUUACUAGAAACAGCCCCGUUUUUGGACGAAAACAGGGCUGUUUUGGGGAAUUUUGUUUUGCUUGCCUGAGGAAGGUAAAACAAAAUCCCAGCUAAGGCUUAUUUGUGCUAAUUGGAUAGCCCCCUUAGAGUCUUCACAUUUGGUAUUUGCGCUAUGAACUGAUGUCUAAUCACUGUUUUUGAUUCCCUUUGUUUUAAAGAGGAGCUUUUUAAAUUAUAAUGAAUAAAAAGUCACGAUAAAUACUUUCACAUAUUGUGUAAAAAUGAUUGAUUACGAUGGAAAAUCACACUUAUGAUACACUUUAGACCAAAAUAUUUGUGUGAACAGUUGCGAUGGUAGAUACAAUUUUUAAUUAUUAAUUUACUAUAAUGGCUUGGUCUACCCAUUCCAGACACCUGCACUUAGGGCAAUUCAGUUAUACACUUUUACGGCAGGCUUUCCCAACCUCUGUCCAGAAGGCACUAAAAGUCCAGGUUUUCGUGAUAUCCAUACUUGAGCACAGGUGACUUAAUUAGUACCUCAACUAUUUUGAUUUAACAAUCGGUGCUGAAGCCUGGAUUUCACUAAAACCACACUGUUAGUGUGCCUUGAGGACCAAGGUUGGGAAUACUUAAUUUAGGGCUUGUUCAGGCACCAGUACUGAAGUGUGCUGUGUAUGGGCUGUGCCCUCAGACCAUGGUGCUCUGGGUUUAUUGAUCAUGUAACUUACCUGACACAGUGGAUAGUGGUGCACAGUAACUUGUAAACAGAAGAGGUGUGCUGGCAAGUGGUUAGACCAACUACACGCCUGCUCUAUUGUCACAUAUAUUUAAGAGCUAGAUGUUUAGGCUUAUACAAGGUGGUGGGAUUUCUUUUUAACACCCUUUAUUCAUUUUAAUUCUGCUAAUGUUAGCCCUUUUAUGCACUGAAGCUGUUGAUAAAAUUAAAGAAUAUUUUAUAUUUUGUUUAAAAAAAAAUAAAGGUUUAAAAUCA